CAUCACAUUUAGCUUUCUUUCAUCAUCUUCAUCGGUUUCGAAACCAUGGCUGUGCCGCAUAUAAACGUCUACUUGGACGUAGUCAGUCCAUUCGGCUAUAUCGCCUUCAGUGUUCUAAAGAACUCUCCCGUUUUUGCCAAAUGCAACAUCACGUAUAUUCCUAUUUUCCUGGGUGGUAUCAUGCAAGCAUGCGGGAAUACUGCUCCUAUGAAGAUCAAGAAUAAGGAUAAAUGGAGUGAAAAAGAGCGUUACCGCUGGUCUCGCUAUUUCAACGUCCCAAUUGUCCAGACAGUUCCCGAAGGCUUCCCGCCACGGACGCUGAGCACCCAGCGUGCGCUCUGUGCGAUUUCCCAGAAGCACCCGGACAAGCUUGUGCCAGCCUUCGAGGCGCUCUAUCACUUGUUCUGGGUAGAGGGUAAUGCGAACAUUGCGCAGCCUGAAUGCUUUGGUCCGGUUCUUGAAGGGGUACUCGGAAAGGACGUGGCACAGUCGGUGUUGGCCGAUAUGGAGCAUGGAGACAUCAAGGCAGCCUUGAUAGCGAACACGGAUCGAGCGUUCAAAUCAGGCGCAUUUGGCAUCCCCUGGUUUGAGUGCACCAAUAACAAGGGUGAAACUGACACAUUCUGGGGAGUGGAUCAUCUAGGACAGGUUGCGGAAUUCUUGGGACUGGAUAUCAAGUCGGACAAGGGGUUUAGGGCUUGUUUGUGAGCGUAAGACUACUGCUUUGACAGCUAC